AUGGCUCAAGCUUGUUUAACACAAUAUUUUACACCAAAACGAUCAAGACGUUCAUCAACUAUUCUUGCUAAUGGUGAAUCAAUUAAAUCACAAAAACGAAAAUUAAUAUUCGAUGAUGAAAAUAAUGAAAAUGUUUGUACAUUAUCCAUUAAUUCAAAUAAAAAACGUCGAAUUAGUCCAACACAACCAACAGAUGGUUAUUUACAAGGAUGUGAUCUAGAUCAAAUUGAUAAAUUACCAUUAUCAAGAAAAAAUAGAAAUGAUGAGAUUAAAUUUAAAACAUUUGAACGUCAAAAACAACGUUUAGUUCAAGUAGCUGAUGUGAAUGAAUUACGUGAACAUCUUAAAGUUGUUCGAACUCAUAUUGAAGAAAUUAAACAACAAAAUGUUAUAACAUCAAAAGAAAAUGAUGACAAUAAUAAUCAAAAGAAAUUUAUUCCAGCUCAUGAACGUUUUGCUCAUCUUCUUGUUGAAAAACCAUCUGUAAAUGAAUCAUCAUUGACUCCUAUAAAAAAAAUUGCUUCACCUGCUGAUCUUCGUCGAUGUGUUCAAACAACAGAAAAUGAACGAUUUAAAAAAGUUUUAUCAAAAGUUGAUCAAACAAUUCUUGAAACAUUACCAAUAACACCAUCAAAACAGAUUGUUGGUAUAAAUAAUCGUUUACUUGAACAAAUACGUUUAAAAGAAGAAUCACGUAAUCAAUUAAUAUCACUUGAAAAUACAGGUAUUAUUAAAAAUGAAGAACAACGUUCAAAAAAUUAUGAAAUAUUUCAUCAUAUGCGAGAAGCAAUGAAUAUUAUUGAUCAAUUAUUUACAACAGAACGUCAAGUUGCUUUAGAAUGUGAUCGAAUACAUAAUAAACUUAUUGAAUUACAUUCAGCUCGAUAUAAGAAAGAUCAAGCAAUUGAAAUCUUAGAUUUUAUUGUUAAAUCUAUGGAAGAAUGUGCACCUGGUUAUUUAAUUCCAAUGAAAUUACGAAAUAAACAAUAUAUUAAAAUCAAUCGAGCUAACAUAACAAUGGUUAUAUUAAAUGAUUAUAUCGAAAAAAAAUUGAUCGAAUUAGGUGAAUGA